GACGACGGCAGAGAUUAAUUACGAGAUACAUGACAAAGAACAUGCUAGCCAUUAUACGAAGCCUAGAGGAGUGGAGAGCUGAGUUAGAAGGAUUGCAGAGGGAAGAGCCAUUCGAUAUACUCACUGAUCACCGUGCACUGGAAUACUUCAUGACCACAAAGCGGCUUAAUCCAAGACAAGUGCGCUGGGCAGAAUUCCUCUCUCGUUUCCAUUUUUUGAUUCGGUAUCGACCAGGAAAACGGAAUAUGCCUGCAGAUGCCCUCUCACGGCAGGAAGAUUUGAUUAGGGCCCAACGUAAAGAGAGAGACCGCUGCUGCACCCAGGCUUUAUUGAGACCUGAAUGGUUGGAAGACGGUGUCUUCCCUAAAGCUGAAAAAGAACUAUUGUCUGGAACAGAGCUACUAGCUAUGAAUGAACCCCUGCACAUUACGGACCAGGUGCGCCAGGCAAAUCGAGACUCUGAGUCGCUACACGAGUUGCGAGAGAAGUCUCAUACAGGAGAGGAUGGCUGGAAGAUGAGUGAGGGUUUACUUACCUAUCAAGGACGGCUAGUGGUUCCAGACGAAGGAGACCUACGCGCAAGGCUACUGGAUGAAGUGCAUCGCCAGCCGUCAACUGCACACCCUGGACGAGGAAAGACUCGCGGCUUGAUCAAGCUCUCUACCAGCCACCACCCACAAACUGAUGGGCAAACGGAGAUUGUUAAUCAGUAUAUGGCCCAGCGGCUUCGACCAUUUGUCUCCUAUUACCAAGACAACUGGUCUGAGCUGUUGCCCAUGAUGGACUUUGCUGCAGCAGUGCUCCCUCAUGAAUCCACAGGGCUCUCACCAUUCGCUGUCGACCGAGGAUAUGAGCCACGAGUAUCGUUUGACUGGACGGCUGCCUCACCCCCGCGAAAACUCAAGCUCGAAAGGAAAGAGGCUCAGAACUGGCUUCGGCAUAUGGAGAACAUCUGGAAACUCGCUCGCACGAAAAUGGAGGCGGCACAGCAUCGCCAGAAAACACAGGCAGAUCGGCACCGAAGAGAAGUUGAUUUCGGCAUAGGGGACUGGGUAAUGGUGACAACCCGGGACUGGAAGACUGAACGACCUAGUCGAAAGCUCGCAGACCAAGCUGCCGGACCCUACCAGAUUAUUGAGAAGGUUGGGAAUUCCUUCAAAUUGAACCUCCCGGACAGUAUACGAGUCCAUCCAGUGUUUGCACCAGAAAAGCUCCGCAGAGCUACGUCGACCGAACCACUGCAGGGACAGAUUCCAGAUGCGCAACCGCCAAUAGAAGUAAAUGGACAAGACGAAUGGGAGGUAGAGCAGAUACUUGCCUCAAAACUCCGCUAUGGCAAGCUCUACUACCGUGUCAAAUGGAUUGGCUAUGACGAUGACCCGAAGUGGUACCCAGCGAACUUCUUCAAGAACGCACCCCUACGGAUCCGAGACUUUCACGCGGAGCAUCCAGAUGCCCCAGGCCCACCAAUUCGGCUCCCAGUUUGGUUAAAAGCAGCCGAAGACGAUGAACACCUUGAGGACCAUACAGACGAUGACCGCGCCCAAGGGCGGAAGCCAAAGGCCACGAGUCGGCGCCCGCAAACGGUUGAAGAGGAUCUUUGA